AUGUUCUUGACUGGUCAGUUGUAUCCAAGGCCCUGGGAAGAACCUAACAAACCAAGAGAAUAAGCUAAAGUACAUUUUUCUUACUUAAAUAUUCUAUCUAGGAUAAACAUUUUUACAAUAAUAAGGAUAACUUAUGGAACAAUCCACAUAGAACUAGCAAGAAGGUUUCCAAAGACUCAUUAUUCAGAUUAAGAAAUAUUUAACCUGUAAAAGAAAGAUUAAUCCUAUCAGCAGCAUCAGGAUCAGCAAGAAUAAAGAUUACUUUCGAGAGAAAGAUUAAAUAACAGAAAGACCGAGAGAGAAAUUCUUCAAUUCAAAGCAAAUCAACACUUAGAAGUGGAAGAUAUAGAAACUAUCGGGGAAAUUGCAACCAAUGAGCCCGUUUUAUUUGAGGAGAUGUCCUAAAAGAGAGCAAAGUCUUUUAAGGAUCCUGAAAAAAUGAAACAACCAAAUAUGUAACUAUGGAAUGCUAUAAAUCAACUUCCAACUAAAUAAAUUAACAAAGUCUUAAGACCUAAAGUUCUUGAAAUGGAUAAAAAUGCUUGCGAUCUUAUUUUUUAAAAGAUUGAGCAAGAUAAGAUGAUCGAAAAUGCAUAGAAAUAAUGGUUCGCCUAAAAUAGAGAUAAUAUUCGUUAAAAGUUUAUUGAUUAGCAUGAGAAAAAUAUUUCUCUAGAGAAAAAGGCUGGUAUAAAAAAAGAGUACCAAGGCGUGACAGGUUUAAAGCUCAAUUAAUAGAGUGGAUUAUCAAUUGCUAACAGACCAUACUCAGCCUAUAAUGCUAACUCAUCAGUUCAAUCUAGUAAAAAGGGACUCACAAAAGUUUCCAAUAUACUCAUAAAUAACCACAAGUUGCAUUAAAAUGAAGGCUAGGUUACUUUUAGAUAACAAGAAAAUUCUAAUAAGGAGCUUAUUCGUGAUUCCCCAUUAAAGAUACAAGCAUAAGAUAAUGAUCGUAGGAUUCCUACAAUUCAUGAAUAAGGAUAGCAUGAUUAAUAGCUAAACAAUAAGUAAUCUGAAUUUAGAAUAAGUACCGCAGUAUAACCAACCUUUUAUAAGACAAGCAAGACAUUUUAAAAAUUGAAUCAGCCUAAGUAGCAAUUCUAACCAAGUCAUCCUUUUAUGCAUUAAGAUUUUAGAGGAUUGUUUAACGCUGAUCAUGCAGAGGCAUUGCUUAACUGCAAUGAAUAUGAUCCGGACAAGCAUGCAACUAUAGUUGGAUAAGCUGCAGAUAUUAAAAAAUCAUUUAACACUGUGAGAGAACUUUUUCCUAUGCCCUAAAAUUAAAAGAGCAGCAUUUUAGUUGGAAGUAAUUCUAAAACUCUAACUAUGGCUAAAACAUUUGUAAAUCAAUAUUCAUAAUCUUAAAAUCAGAGAUCAAGGCAGUAAUUCCAGCCAUCAAGGUAGCCCACUCCAUUUUAAUCUGACAUUGAGUAUGUUCCAGUCUAAACUAUCAUAGAUUCUCCAGAUAAAAAUGAUAAGCUGUCGACUGUACAUACUCCAAUGACAAAUAAUAAUGGACCAGUUACAACAUAGUCUGGUAUCAGUCAAGCAGGCUAACAAUAUGAUUCAUAAGCUAGAUUAAUGAAAAAUUCAAGAACUGCAGGCAACAGUAGAUUGGUUAAAAGGCCUUUCACUGCGUAUAGAAAUAUGUCUUACAGAGGAUAAGGCUUAAAUAGUGCAGGUGAACCUGAUUUUAUUGAUCAUUAGCAUAAUGCUUCCUUCACAUCCGCUAACAUAAAAAAUACUUCGAGAUAAAAGUAAAAGCUACAAAAAGAUAUAGAGCAAGCAUAGAUACUCGAUUAAGAGAAAGAUGAAUGCAUGUCUCAAAUGAAUUGGUUUGAAAAGGUCAAUCACCUUGACGUUAAAAGAAAUAAUAGAUAUCCAUAGAUUGCUUAUGAAGAGGCUUUGCAUUUUGAUAAGAGAUUUGCUGAACACCUUGCCAGAAAAAAGGGCAUUACUCCUGAAAAAGAUGGUGGGAUGACAAGCGGUGAGAGACUUCUAAACAAAAAGUCAUCAAAUGCUAGUGGGGCACUUUUAAAUAAGUCAAAUCACUCAAUCAAGCAGGUCGUCACUCCCUCUGGCAUCAGCAGUGAUGAAAGAAUGUGA